UGGGAGAGAGGGGAAGAAUGGAGCUGCACAGGAUCACUGAACACUGUGGUGCCUUUCUUAAACAGACUGACAGUCUAGGAAGCUAACGAAAGUCACUACAGAAAGACAUCAGAGUGACGCAUUGUCCUGUGAGACACAGGCAAAACAAAUUCAAUGAGUUAUCACAAAAGCUGAUAGAAUUUGUUUUUGACAUCACUGUUCUGUACCAAGUACAAUACGCUCCCUGUUCCCUACCAACUUAGCUAAGGGGGACAAGUCAUUUCUCAGGGAUGACCAGUGCUCAGCUGCAGAAAACUUCAUCCAAAGAGUCUGUGUUUGGUGCCCAACCUUCGCACAGGAUGGCGUCCACUGUGUCUGCAGUUCCCCGUGGUGUAUUCGGCCCUUCGUCACCCCAUCCAGCUGUCUGGCCUCCUUUGGACUUUGCCCUGGGUGCUCUUGCCUGCUGCACGGCCUGUGUGUUCACCAAUCCUCUGGAGGUUGUGAAGACUCGUCUGCAGCUUCAGGGAGAGUUGCGUGCACGGGGAUCCUACCAGAGACACUAUCGCGGAGUCCUGCAGGCCCUCUGGGUAGUGGGCCGCACAGAUGGGAUCCGGGGCCUGCAGAAGGGGCUCUCAGUCGGCCUGAUCUACCAGGGUGUUAUGAACGGUGUGAGGCUGGGCUCCUACUCCUACUGUGAAGCUUUGGGCAUCACCUCGUUCCAUGGGGGGAGUCUGCUGUCAGGGGCAGGGGCCGGGGCACUGGGUGCCUUCAUUGCCUCUCCUGCCUACCUGGUGAAGACCCAUCUGCAAGCUCAAACUGUGGAAGCUAUAGCAGUAGGUCAUCAACAUAACCAUCUGGGAGUGUAUGAUGCCUUUGUUACCAUCUAUAGAAGAGAGGGUUUAAUUGGUCUCUGGAGGGGUGUGAACGGGGCCGUGCCUCGUGUAAUGGUGGGAUCAGCUGCUCAACUGGCAACCUUCACCUCCGCCAAGGACUGGGUGUCGCAUUCUCAGUGGCUUGGUUCAAACAGAUGGCUCACGGCUCUGAUAGCUGCCAUGAUCAGUGGAGUCGCUGUGGCUGUCACUAUGACGCCGUUUGACGUCAUUAGUACGAGGCUCUACAACCAGCCGGUGGAUGAGUUUCGUAAGGGACGUCUGUACCAUGGAUUUUCAGACUGUAUGCUGAAAGUCUGCCAAGCUGAGGGCCUGUUGGGGUUGUACAAAGGCAUGGGCCCUGUCUUUGUGCGCUUAGCCCCUCACACAGUGCUCAGCAUGCUGUUCUGGGAUCUGAUGAGGGAUCAGACUGUGAAGGUCAACCAGAGCCAGGGAAGGAGCUAAAACAUCCUAAAGGCCUGCUUAUAAUCACUGGACUCAGUUAUAGAUAUCAAAGUGUCCAUCCAUCAAUGAAUGGAAAGCUGGAUUUAAAGAAAAGGUUUGACAUUUUGAAAAAUAUACUUAUUGGCUUUGUUGCUGAGAGUUAGAUGAGAGGAUUGAUAGCCACUCACGGCUGUAUGGUAGUCAGAGCUGGGCUAGCCGUGUCCCUCUGUCUCCAGCCUUUGUGCUGUAGUUUUAUAGUCACUGUACAGACAGGAGCACUCUAUCAGUCUUCUCUUCAAAUUCUCCGUCAGAAAGCAAACUUGGUGAAAAUGUCAAACUAUUCCUUUAAGUGAGCAUGUCCCUGUCCCGUGAAGAAAGGACGGUGGAUGAAUAUUCACAUACUUGACAGAAGAUGGACACUUGCUGCACAGACUCUGAGAGACGUUUUGAAUCACAAUCCUCAAAUCUAUGAAGUGGGUGAUGAACUUUCAGGUUUUACUUUAAAUUACCUCAAAUAAUGAAUUUGAGAAAAGUGACUCCCAUAAGCUAGUCAAUGAAGUGCCGAUGAAUGAAAGAACAAGUCCGGAUUAUUGAAACAUAAACUCUGUAUUCCAUGGUUAUAAUCCAGUGUGGGUGCUGUAAUCUGUCACAGUUUAAUGCAUAACUCCUGUUGCCUUGUCUGUUAUAUGUAAGGAAAGACAUCCGAUGGAAAUGUUUUUAUUUACUGCCAUAUGAACUACUGGUACCUAAAGCCAAGGAUGCCAUUUGAUGUGAGUUUUUUUUUUUUUCUUCAGAAACGGGUACUUAAAGCUUUUGAACAGCAGUUAA